GCUGAGGCUACGGUGCACAUAGAAUCUUUAUACGACCGCAUUGAUUACCAUAAACUCAUUUCAAGGGUGUUAUUUGAAGACCUAUGCUCUGAUCUCUUUGAAGAUACAAUCAAACCAAUAGAUAAAGCCCUGAAAGAUGCUCGCAUGUCAAAAAGCCACAUCCAUGACAUUGUACUGGUUGGAGGAAGUACUCGAAUACCAAAGAUAAAAGAUCUCUUGAAGGAGUUUUUCAAUAAAGACCUAACUAGUUCUAUCAACCCAGAAGAGGCGAUCGCGUGUGGUGCUGCCAUUCAAGCAGCAAUCCUGUCUGGACAUAAAAUAAAUGACUUGCUUCUAGUCGAUGUUGUGCCAUUAUCAUUAGGUGUUGAAACAUCUAGGGGCAUGAUGUUCAAAGUAAUAGAACGUAACACGCCAAUACCUUGCCGUAAAGUCAAAGAAAUCACCACUUUGGAAGACUACCAGAAUUGUAUGACUAUAGAAGUGUUCGAGGGCGAAAGAACACUAACAAAAGACAAUCUUUUAUUAGGUGUAUUUGAGCUGAACAACAUUCCGCCAGCACCGAGGGGAGUUGCCAAAAUCGAUGUAGUUUUCGACAUAGAUGCAAAUGGCAUUUUAAAAGUUUCAGCACGUGAUAAAAGCACAGGCAAUUGUGAGACUAUCACGAUAGAAAAUACGCAUCGUUUAAGUAAAAGUGACGUAAGGAGAAUGAUCGCUGAUGCUGAGAAGUUUCGAGAAGAAGAUAUCGAGAAUAAAAUAAGAUUAGAGGUCAGAAAUCAGUUAGAGACUUAUAUUUAUGGGGUAAAGCAGACUGUGGUUGACAGCUUGGAGAGUCUGAGUAGCAACGAGUGUGCAUCUUUGAUUGGGGAAUGCAAAGACGCCAUCGCCUGGGUAGAAGAGAACAUGGACUGUUUUCGGGAGGAGUAUGAGAGAAAGAUGUCGGAAUUGCUACGUCGUUGGUCUGCUACCAUAAGUAAAUUGAAUCAGAGAUGGAGGCAUCGUGCUAAAAGACAGAGAAGUGAGAACAUGAACGAUGCAACAACAAUCACGGAGGUUGAUUAGGUUUAGGAAAAUACUAUGAUGGAAAAUACGCAGUGUAACAAGAAUUUAAAUUUAAGAUUAGUUCUAGAAUUUCAGAUCACCAGUUUUCUAGAAGGUAAGUUUUUAUAUAGUAUAUUUUUGCUGUAAGAUCUUCAUUUUCAUUUUGCAUAGAUACAAAAUCUCACUAACUAAAUAACUUUUUCGUCCCUUUCUGCCAUACUUGCUUAUACUGUGACUAAAAAGAGAGUGCAUGUUUAACAAUAUCGAAUAUUUUCAGGUUUAAUCAAGGACUACAUUCACCCCAUAAUCCCAUAUGGGUCAUGGGACAUCUAGAAAACUUUGAAAAAUAACUUUAGUACUUUUUUUUAUCCUACCUCAUUUUGUGAUUAUAUUAAGUUUAAAUAUAUUAAGAAACGAUA